GAUGCGGAUGGGGCUAUUACAGCAAGUUUUUCUUUUUUGAUAUGAUAGCAGAACUCCAUUACUUCAGAAGCCACCAAAAUGGGAAAAAUAAUACUUUCAAUUGCAAUAAAUGUAUUCCUUCUUAUGAACACUUAUGUUUCAGGCAGUAUCUCCUUCACUAUUGUACCAGAGACACAAUAUGUAUAUAUCAAUGAUACUGUGACAUUUAAAUGUGCUAUUAAUGUGACUCAAUUUAAUCCCUCUUUUGUGACUAAUCCAUCAGAUGUUGGUUCAGAGUUAUCCUCUACUGGAAUGGCAUCACUCACCUUAACAGCAACAAGUGAAGUAAAUGGUACAGAAGUUACCUGUAAAGUAAGCAAUGGACCUACCACUGAACCAGCAUAUCUAUAUGUACAAGGUCCACCUGAUAGUGUCAGUAGUUUCACAGGAUAUCAGUUAGAUUCUUGUUGUAUGUUUAUCAGUUGGUAUCCUCCAUUCACACUACCAGGACUAACAGUACAGUAUAUAAUCAGUGUAGGAACUGAUCAACAGUACCUUAAUGACUCUAUCACUAACUACACUUACUGUCCAAUGAACCCAACCAAUAAACAAUAUCUGUUUAACAUUACAACUACUAAUAAAGCUGGGAAUGGAUCUACUAGUAACAUAACUGUUGGAUUUCAAUCAACAAUAGAUGUAGAGUUAUAUGUAACUGAUAAGGAAAGAGGGAAUGUAAAUUGGACUUUUCAUUUCAUUGUAUCUGUUCAUCAGUUUUGUACUAAUGUACCACCACUAAUGAACAUUACAUUGAAAGGAUGUACUAAGGAUAACUGUUAUUCAAUAACAAAUGUAUCCAUAAGUAAUAGUUCUUAUAAUAACAUUUCACUUGUUGUUCAAUUUCCAUCAAAUAAGACACUCAAUACUAAUGCUACCUUGUACUAUCAAAAUGGAGUUACAGCUCAAAGCAACACUAUAACAAUCA